AUGUUUUUCAAUCGCAAGGAAAAUUGUUACAACCCUAAAUCCGCAGAGAUCUCAAUUCGCGAUCGGUUCGUGAUCAACCUCCUCCGCGAAUCGUUCUCCUCCUCCGGCGAAUCAUUCUCUUCCUCCGGCGAAGUCUUCUCCUCCUCCGAGACGAUGCCUACUUUUCCUGAUGUUACUUCCUCUCCCUCCACCAAGCAGCCUCCCCUUCCUCCAAAGGGUCUUUUGAAAAUGUACUUUGGUGACCGAUCCUUUGAUCUUUAUGACCCUUUUGGGUACGAAGACGUGAGGGAUUACUUUGAUGCUGAGUCAAGUUUUAUGGCUGCUAACGGAUACUCCCAGAUUCUCAAGAACGAACGAACGCGACAAGUUGCUCUACAUCUGAUAAUACAAAUAAUGACAAGGGUGGAAAUAGAUGCGUUCGUCUCAUACUUGGCGAUGUGUUACUUUGACUGGAUCAGCUCCAAAGAUGGACUAAUUGAUCAGAAAGGCUCACUGAUUGAAGAUGUUGAAUUCAUGGUUUUUGGAUGCAUAUCUAUUGCCUUAAAGAAGACACUGUCUCUUAAUAGCUGGUCCCCAGACUUCAAAGCAGAGGCAAAAAAGCUGAAUGUUGAGAUGGAAAUACGCCAAUUUUUGGCUAACCGUUCAAGCAACAUAAAAUACCUUAGGGGUUGGGAUUUAAAGGCUGCUGUGAAGGUUGAAGAUAUGCUGGGUGGACUGAUAAAGACAAAUCCUGUAACGCCAUUUUGUUUCAUCAAAUACUAUCUCACUGUGCUUAAAGCAGAUUGUGAGGUCGAGGGAGGAAAGGAAUGUAUAACAAAAAUAAUCCUUGAUUUACAAGAUGACAUCAGAUUGUGCGAGUACAAACCAUCUUUCGUUUCGGCAGCUGCAGUGUUGGCUUACAUGUUCAACAAAUAUCCAGAUUGUGCAGAUAAAAGCGAAGAGAAAGUCAAGAGUUUGGAUUGUAUCAAGGACAAGGAAAGCUUUAGCCAAUGCUUAGUGGUUGUUAAAGAAAUCUUUGCUAAAAAGGCGAUAGCAUCUGAUCCUUACAAAGGUGGACAUUUGAAACUUAAUUGGAAGAUCGAUGACGACAUUGAAGAGACGAUUCGCAGCCUAGACUAUCUAGCUAGGAUUUCUGCCCAGAUCAGAGUAAGUGACAUCCAAAUGAGGCAACAAGCAGAACUGAUACGGGGUUUUGCGGAGGAAGUCCUUUUUCUUGGAAAGGAAGGAAAGCGUCCUGAAGAUGAAAAGGAGUUGAAGGAGGUGAAGGCGAUGAUAAAAACAUGGGUGAGCCAUUUCGAGUCUAUGACAAGUCAUAUUGUGAAAAUGAUAAAGUCCAGGGAGCCAAGACUCGGUAGAUUUGAAGGUCAGGAGUAA